CACACCCAUCCAAGCAAAGGAUAGUUAUAAACCUGUGUUCAACCAUUUUUCUCCGAGUCUCUGCUGAGUUUUUCAGUUUAAUUUUAGGGUUGAAGGCAUGGCAAAUUACGGAGACAAGUACUAUGGCAACCAACCGGACCCCAACCCGAUUCGCCAACCUAAUGUACAUGGAGACCCGGUUUUAGAAACUGAUGCGUAUGGAAACCCGGUUCGCCAAACUGAUGAGUAUGGCAACCCGGUUCACCACACGGGUACCAUGGGAGACUAUGGAACCACUGGGGCCACCGGAGCAACUGGUACCACAGGUGCGUAUGGUACAGAAACUGGCCUAACUGAGCAGCAGCAGCAACAUCACGGCGGCAUUCUUCAUCGCUCCGGCAGCUCCAGUUCUAGCUCGUCGGAGGAUGAUGGACAUGGUGGUAGGAGGAAGAAAGGGUUAAAGGAAAAGAUAAAGGAGAAGCUGCCAGGUGUGCAUAAGACUGAUCAGUCCCACACUACGGCCACGAGCGCACCCACCACCGGUCACGGCUACGAAGGAGGAGAGCAGCAUAAGAAGAAAGGUGUCGUGGAGAAGAUCAAGGAGAAGCUUCCUGGACACCAUGACCUCCAUCAAGACCAUAAUCACCAUUACUAGAGGUGUUCUUGCAUGGUGUAGCAACUUAUAUAUAUAUAUAUACACAUAUGUCUUAUAUAUGUUGGGUUACAUAUUAAAUACACAGCUAUGUGUGUGUGUGUUCGUUUGUAUUUAGAGGGUGUGAAGGUUUACUUUACAAAGGAAGUGCAUGUGUAAUUAAUAAGUAGGGUUGGAGUUGAAAGUGUUACAUGACUGCACCUUGUGUUAAAUGUGUGUUAUGUGGUCUUUUUAAGUAUGUUUUUUUUUUUUUUUUUUUUUUUUUUUUUUUGUGAUUUAUAGUUGGGCCUUUUUAUUUAUUUUUAUCUAAUUCGUCUUCUUUCACUUUGCUUCUCUUCUCUUUACAUCACAGUUACGGUUUUUUUUUUUUUUUGGGUAAAUAAGUGAGAUUGGGCCAGUAACCCAUUACAAAACAGCAAAGAGAAAAUCCUGCAUCGGUCAAAAGAUGCCCAAUCCAAAACAUAAAAAAA